AUGUCACAAUUUAAGGACACUUUUACAAGAGGUAAAAGUAAGGAAACCUUACUUUCUUAUGACAAUUCUGCAUCUUUGAUCUUUUCCAGUGCCCUCCUCGCUUUCAUUUUGGUUCCAUGUACUUUGCAUUUUAUUUACAAAUUUUUCUUCCCUGACAUAAAUAGUUGUAGUUCAUCACUACGUGUGCUAUCAGACAUUGAUUUGGAUGGGUACAAAGUAUGUGGCUGUGAAAGUUGUGUCAAACAACGCCUCAAGAGGAAGGAUGAGAGAGCUUCUAUUUGGAAGCGAAUAGACUCAUCAUUCAUCAAUAGGGUUUCUUUCUACAUCAUGCUCUGGACAAUUUUGUAUGCUCUAGUCAAAAAUAUAUCGGACACUAGUAAUAUAAAGGCUUUCGAUCCUUUUGAAAUACUAGACAUUCCACAUAAUGGCACAAUAAACCAAAUAAAGAAGGCAUAUAGGCAUAAAUCGAUGAAAUUUCACCCGGAUAGGAAUCCGAACGAUCCAGAUGCAGCAGCUCACUUCAUACUCAUAACAAAGGCAUAUCAGGCAUUGACUGAUGAAGUGUCAAGGCAUAAUUAUCAGAAAUACGGCAAUCCUGAUGGCCCUGGAAUAAUGAAGGUGGGCAUUGGUUUGCCUAAAUUUUUGGUGGAUGAGGAUAAUCAGAUAUUAAUCCUUUCACUGUUCUUCCUCAUAUUGCUAGUACUCCUUCCCUCACUAUUCUUCUAUUUCUAUCAGAAACACUGCAAGUAUGCUUCAAAUGGAGUAUUAGUGGAAACACUACAUAUAAUUACUCACAUUAUGAAUUCAUCGUCUAGGACGAAAAAUAUGCCAGAUGUGUUGGCACAGGUUAAGGAAUUUGAUGAACUAUGUUUGAGUGAUGAUGAUGCGCCAGUGCUAAAAAAUAUAGUUAAUUAUUUAGUGGAAUGUAAAACCAAACGAACUGGAUUUAGAUCCCCUCUCUGUGUAAAGAAUCAUAUAAUACUACUUGCCCAUAUGAACCGAUUGCACUCGUUUAUGAAUCCAAAUUUGAUGAACAAUUUGAAAGAGAUACUCAAGUAUUCAAUGCUAAUUACCCAUACGAUGAUCGAAUUUGCCUUGUCCCAAAAUUGGUUUCUAACGGCAAAGUCUGUGUUGGAAUUCAGGCGUAAUAUAAUCCAGUGCUUGGGGUCCAGUGACAAUGAUUUAUUACAAAUACCUCACUUUGGUGAAUCCAUAAUUAAGCAUGUGGUGAGAGGUAAAAAUGCGGCCCACAACAUGGAAGAGUUCAUACAACAACCAUCUUGCAUUAGAAAGGGAAUGAAUGAUUUAUCUGCUGCACAGAUUAAUGAUAUAAACUCCUACCUGGACCAUUUUCCCCGCAUAGAAUUCAGUGCCACUGCAUUUGUUGAAGGGGAAGAUUUAAUAGUGGCCGGGGACAUAUUGACUGUUAAGGUCAAGAUGAACCGAUUAAAUCUAUCUAAUUUGAAUGAUAAGGCCGGGCCAGUACACGCUCCGCUAUUUCCUUGGGUAAAGUUCGAGGAAUGGUGGGUAUUUGUUACCUACAAGGAUGAAGAUCGCAUUCUGACAUACACUACUUUUGUUAGCCAAGAGAAACUACUUGAAGAGAGGCUGACAUUCAUUUUAGAUCGUCAUGGGAAGGUGUCGAUUGAGAUUCAUGCUUUUUGCGAUUCUUAUUACGGAGCAGACCAGUCAAUUGUUGUUUCUUUUGAGGUUAAACAAUCUGAAGAGGUGGAAUUGCAUCCGAGAAUACACCCUGAAGACAUAGAGUUGGACGACGUUCCCACAACACUUGAGUCCCUAAUCGGUGAAUUUGCCAAAUCCGAAUCUAGUGACGCCGAGGAAUGUUUUGACGACGAUAAUAUAUAUGUCAAAAGGCCAAUAAGUGACACAUACGAUGAUGAGGGUUCUGAUUAA